UUAAUCGCUCCAGAUAACUUUUCAUCAUGCAGGCCCAUAUGAGCAACCCCAUCCAGAGCUUUUUGGUUUUAUGCCGGAUUCUGGCCGAUGGGGACGGGCCCAACUCCGGCCACCCCUGGCCCUAAAGCUACGAAGCUGCAGAAACGGAUAGAAGGCACGGAAAUUUACGGGAGAAACGCCGAAACGUGAAACGUUUCUCCACCUCAAAACCAAAUUCGAAACGCGAUAAAUUGACGAUAAAUUGAAAUUGACGAGAUAUCACGAUAUGAAGAUAAUUCGCGAUAUUUACGAGAUAUAUGCGAUAUAUUGAUUUUCCUCUAUAAAUUGCCGGAAAAAAUCUAUAAAGAAGCAGAAAAUUGCAGAAAAAAUUACACGAGUUUUCUUAUUUCGAAGUUCUUUCUUUUUAGCGCCAAUUCAAAAUAAAACCCCCAUUUUCCCCCACGGCGCUCUCACCUUCUGCCUAGUUUGCUCCACACAUCUUUCUGAGUUCUGAGUACCGCGAAACUGUUCGAGCCGAUGAGUUCUCCUCCACUAAUUGGCGGCGACGACGACGAAGGCUUCGAUUGGGAGGCAGCGGUGAGAGAAAUCGACGUGGCUUGCGAAAAUGCGAAGCCCUCCUCUUCUUCAUUCCACCACAGCCGGCCGUCUUCCGUGCUCGAUUUGGAUGCGGAGAAUCGCCGCCCCGCCGGCGGCGGCGCUUGGAAUUCCGAGGGAGCGUCCAAUUACUCGUCUUCUGCUCUCGUUAAUAAUGGGAGGAGGACUGGGAAUUGCAGGCAGAUGACGCUUGAUAGUUUCGUCGGGAAGGCGGGGGCUGGGCGCCAGGUGAAGAAGUGGGUUGUUGAGGAUGUAGAAGGGUCUGCAGGGAACAUGGGUGAGGUUAGGGAAGGUGGAUUUAGUUGUGUUGAGAUUGAUGCGGAGGCCGCCAAGACUUGGGUAUAUCCAGUCAAUGUUCCUCUUCGAGAAUACCAGCUCGCCAUAACUAGGACAGCAUUGUUUUCAAAUACAUUGGUGGCAUUGCCAACUGGCCUUGGAAAGACGCUUAUUGCCGCAGUUGUUAUGUACAACUACUUCCGUUGGUUUCCAGAAGGGAAGAUUGUUUUUGCUGCUCCUUCUCGGCCACUCGUACUUCAACAGAUAGAAGCAUGUCAUAAUAUAGUGGGAAUACCACAAGAAUGGACAAUUGAUAUGACAGGUCAGAUAAAUCCAACAAAACGAACAGACUUUUGGAAAACGAAACGGGUGUUCUUUGUUACUCCCCAGGUCCUGGAGAAAGAUAUUCAGGCCGGAACAUGUUUAGUUAGAAAUCUGGUGUGCUUGGUGAUUGAUGAGGCUCAUCGAGCAAUGGGGAAUUAUGCUUACUGUGUCGCAGUUCGUGAGCUGAUGGCUGUACCAGUCGAGCUUAGAAUAUUAGCCUUGAGUGCUACCCCAGGAUCAAAGCAGCAGACAGUCCAGCAAAUUAUCGACAACUUGCAGAUAUCAACCCUGGAAUACCGUGAUGAAAAUGAUCCUGAUGUCAUCCCAUAUGUUCACAACAGAAAGAUUGAAUUGAUUGCGGUGCCUAUGGGAAAAGAUGCUCUUGACAUAAAUAAGCUGCUCUUGGAUGUCAUACGUCCGUAUGUGUCUCGGCUUUCUGCUGUUGGACUUUUGCAGAACAGAGACUGCCAGACUUUAAGUCCUCCAGAUUUACUCAAUUCACGUGAUAAAUUUCGUCGAGCACCCCCACAAGACCUUCCACAGAAUAAGUUUGGUGAAAUUGAAGCUUGUUUUGGAGGUCUUCUCACCCUUUAUCAUAUAAAAAGGUUACUUUCCAGCCAUGGAAUAAGGCCGGCAUAUGAGAUGCUGAAAGAAAAGCUGGAACAAGGGUAUCUUCUUUGCCAUCUCCACUCAGACUGCGUUGACUCGACCACAAGAAGAUUGCUUUAUACUUUAUGCUUAUUGAUUUAUUUGCGCUGGGAGCACAUGCGUUUGUUUAGGAUCUAUUACAUCAUUCCAUGAUCAUUUGCAAGGCUAAUGAGUAGAAAUGAAGAUAUUAAGAAAAUGAAACUCUUAAUGGAAAGAAACUUGACCCAUGGUGCACCUAGUCCCAAGUUAUCCAAAAUGUUGGAAGUACUGAUUGACCAUUUCAAAAGCAAGGAGUCCCAGAACUCACGGGUUAUAAUAUUCUCUAAUUUCAGAGGGAGUGUCAGGGAUAUAAUGAAUUCCCUAGCCAGCAUUAGUGAUUUGGUGAAAGCAACUGAAUUUAUUGGUCAAAGUUCAGGUAAAGCUUUGAAAGGCCAAUCCCAGAAGGUCCAACAAGCUGUGUUGCAGAAAUUUCGAGCUGGUGGUUACAAUGUGAUUGUUGCUACAUCAAUUGGCGAAGAGGGCCUGGACAUAAUGGAAGUUGAUCUUGUAGUAUGCUUUGAUGCCAAUGUAUCACCACUAAGAAUGAUUCAGCGCAUGGGUAGAACUGGAAGGAAACAUGACGGCAGAGUUGAUAUCCUUCUCUGUGGUUUUAUAAUGUUUUCUUUGUCGCUCCUUGACUAUGACUCACUGGUUUUAGCUUGUGAAGGGUCAGAAAUGAAGGGUUACACUCGAAAACUAGCCAACAGCAGAACUAUAACGAAACACAUGCACAAUGGCGGUACAAGUAGCUUUAGUUUCCAUUCUAGCUCAAGGAUGAUUCCCCACAUUUUCAAACCAGAAGUCCAAUUUGUUGAGAUGUCAAUCGAACAAUACAUUCCUCGUGGAAAGAAAGUUAAAGAUGCCACUGAUAUCCAGACACCUAUAUUCACUAAGAAGCUAACUGCUGCCGAGAGUGCUGUGGUUGCCAAGUAUUUCCAGCCUUGCCCUUGGAGGCCGUCUCUUAUUGCCUUCCCAAGUUUCCAGGCAUUUCCCUCCCGGGUGCAUCAAGUAAUGCACUCUCACAGAACAGGGAUGCUGAUCGAUACAAUGCAAAAUCUUCAAGCUUUGUCCUUUCCUCUGGACAGCAGAGGUUUUUCCUUUGAGGAUGAAGCAGCUUCAGGUAAGUGUCAGGGAACUGAGAGCCCAAAUAGAGAUGAUAAUGAUGAAGAAGACUUGGGAGUGGGCUAUGGCACCCCAGAGCACAACUCACAGAGCAAUUCAAGGGAUUCUGAAGGACCAAUUUCUCAAAAACUGACAACCAAGAACCUUAGUGUUUUAGAUCUUACUGGGGAAAGUCAUCCAACUCAUGCUUUUCUCUUUGGCUCUGAUUUUGUUUCUGUGGAUUCUCUUGGCAAGGUCCUAAUUUCAUACGUCCCUUCACUUCCUUUGAAACUGGUAUCAUAUCCGAGGUGUCCUGACAAUGAGGCUGUACCUCUAAACUGUGCAAAACGAAGUCCUUCACAUUUGAAGACUUUGGUUGAAGGCUCCAGUGGACCGACUGUUCUACAAAAAUUUUGCACUCACUUAAAUUCACUGUCCGAGGAUCCGUGCAAAAGAAAUAUCUCUGUGGAUGGCUUGAAAUUGUCUGAGAGUGCAAUUUUGGUGGGAGAUAUGGUGAACGGAGGAGAUAGUGUUGGUGAUAGCUUUGUUGAUUUUGGGAUCAAUUCGCCUUGUCCGAGUGCUGAUGAGUGCUGUCACAGUCGUGAAGAUACUGAACUGAGUCCUCGCUUAACCAACAUGAUGCAAAAUGGUGUUGUUCCAGAGUCUCCUACGAAUGAUCAUGAUUUGCUGAAUGAUAAAGAGAGAGCUGAAAUUAUCACACCCAUGAAACUGCAUACCAGAUUGCUGCCUGUCUCUCCAGGUCCUUGGAGAAAUGAAUCAAAUGCAGCUGCUGUAAUUGGGGAAGCAGAUAUGGCUGAUCCUUCUAUCAUUGAUCAAAUUCAGACUCCUUUGCGUGAAACAAGUGCUGCCAAAGUAGACAAAAUUGUCUCUUCAAUUUCUCCUGCUCCCAAAGCAAGCAACUCCAGCAAAGAUUGGCCUUUCAGUCCUGCUGAUGAUAAAUCAGACAGUGUUAAACCGGUACGCAGGCUUAAAAGACUCCGAAAAGUUGGGGAUCUUGAGAAGAAUAAGAAUCCAGGAAGCAUUAAAGAUGCUCCUUCUUUCCAUGAAGCAAAUCCUAAUGUAUGUGUCAACGGAGCCCACAGAAAUCAACCUAAACAAGGGAAAGGUAAAAGGGAGCAAUUUGGCAUCAUCCAGGACUUCAUUGAAGAGGAAGCCGAGGUUUCUGAAAAUGGCGAAGUAUCCGAGGAUGAGAGAGUUGAUGAAGAUGAUAAUUCGUACGACCAGAGUUUUAUAGACGACAGAAUAAACCCCACAGCUGGAAGUGCUGAAACACAACCUAGUCGAGUGGACAUGAUGGCAGUUUAUAGGCGUUCGUUGCUCAGCCAAUCACCAAUGGUGAGGGAAUCCCCUUCAGCAUCUUUUACUCCAGAUUGCAACUCUUCUUGCCCUAGCGGUAAAAACAAUACCACUGGAUCUUCCUCUACCAACACGCUUCAUUCACUAAGGACACCUCUACAUGAGAACCAAGAAGGGCUACAGUCUCCAGCUGUUCCUUGCACCGCAGUCUCUAACAUCCCAACAGAAAACAGCACUAUGUUGGAGAUGAGGAAGAGAAGAAAGCUGACUUUCCAUCAACCUGCAGCAUCUGUUCCCAUCAUCAACUUGGAAGAAGAAUUCUCUAAGCAGUUGGAGGCUGACCCGAAUCCUUCCAACAACAUCGAUGAUCCUGAUACCCAUGAAGACAUGCUCUACGACGAUCAGUUCUUUGCUGCUCUUGAUGCUUUGGAAGCACAAGCUACUACUACUCAGCAGAACAGGCCUAAUUUAUCUGUACAGAAGCAGGAUACUAUGUUGCCAAACUCAGAACUUCAUGGCACACCAACAUUUGAUCUCGGGAUUUAGUAGUAAUCCUCCAAAUUGGCAAAAGGCUGAAUGCUUUGCAAGUGAAAUGUCCUGCUGCUGCUGCAUUGCAGUGCAUUGUACAGAUCGGCUCGAUAGGGGAAGUGGAUGUAUAAGUUAUAUUCGACAACUUGAAUCUUCUUGGGAAGUGCCUUGUACAGAAAGAGGGAAAGAAAGGGAAUGGUGAAUCCCAUUUUGGUUGUCAGGCUGCUAACCGGAU